GUGGGCAAAAGGCUGCAAAGACAAGAUUAAAACAAAGAAACCAAAAAGAGAGAAACAAAGCACAAAGGGAAAGGAAAGUUUGAUUUGUUGAAUAUGUAAAAGGAUAUAUCACUACCAUCCAUCCAUAUACCCCGCACAUAUGUUUGUGGCAGAAAAAACCUACCAAUUGAAAGGGAUUUGACAUUCAAACAAUUUACAAAAAUUGAAAGAAAUUUUUAGAGAAAUCUAAACCCUUGGACUUUUCUUUCGCCGCCCACCACCACAACACAAACAAACAAACAAAAUAACUAUUACAACAUUCAUCACACAUCAAAGCAUCAUCAUAUAUAAAAAGCAUUGAAGUUUGGAUAGAUUAUAGUCUAGCUUAAUUCAUUAUGAUACAAGAAGAUCAAGGACAGUGUUCUUCUCAAGCAAUCAACAACAACUUUGAAACAUAUCAUCAAGAACAGUUUCUCCUUCAACAACAACAACAGAUGAGACAACAAAACAGUCAUGAUCAUCAUCAUAUCUAUGGUGGAGGAAGAUCAUCAUCAUUGAAUAAUAUGUUCCAUGGUCAUGAAGUUUCACCAAUCUUACAACCAUGGUCUAUGCAACAACUUCAUAAUCAUCAUCAUCAUCAAACUUUCAACCAUGAUAAUCCAUUUCUUAUCCCUCAACAACAACAACAACAACAAUCUUCUUCACCUUAUGCAAGUUUGUUCAACAGAAGGGUUAUCAAUCCUUCUUCACUUCAAUUUGCAUAUGAUAAUAAUCCAUCUUCUGAACAUCUUAGGAUAAUAUCAGAUACAGUGCUAAAUGGUUCAGGUGUACCGUUUGGUCUUCAAGGUGAAAUUGGAAAGAUGAGUGCUCAAGAAAUCAUGGAAGCUAAGGCUCUUGCUGCAUCAAAGAGUCAUAGUGAAGCUGAAAGGAGACGUAGAGAGAGAAUCAAUAAUCAUCUUGCUAAGUUACGCAGCUUGUUGCCAAGCACAACCAAAACAGACAAAGCAUCAUUGCUAGCAGAAGUGAUUGAACAUGUAAAAGAACUAAAGCGACAAACGUCAUUAAUAGCAGAAACAUGUCCAGUUCCAACUGAAUGCGAUGAGUUAACAGUAGAUGCAGCUGAUCAAGAACAUGGAAAUGGAAAAUUUGUAAUCAAAGCCUCACUUUGCUGUGAUGAUAGAUCAGAUCUUUUGCCUGAACUCAUUAAGACAUUGAAAGCAUUAAGGUUAAGAACAUUGAAAGCUGAUAUUACAACACUUGGAGGACGUGUUAAGAAUGUGUUGUUCAUCACUGGUGAAGAUGAUGAUGAUCAUGAUGAAUAUUCAAAUAACAGUGAAGAACAUGGCCACCAGAAUUUGCAGUAUUGCAUUACUUCAAUACAAGAAGCUUUCAGAGGAGUCAUGGAGAAGAGUCUUGCUGAUGAUUCUGCUUCUGGAAAUGUCAAGAGACAAAGGACUAAUAUUAUAUCAAUAUCUAAUUAAUUCUAAUUAGACUUGAUUAAUUAAGGUCUUUAUUAAAUUUUAUCUAAUUAAAGGCCUAUUAUUAUUAUUAUGGUACUUGCAUAUUAUAUAUUUGAUUUGUAAUUUUAUUGUUUUUAUCUUUUUUGGGGGUGGUUUUAAUUUUUUUCUUUUCUUUUCUUUUUCAUGGUGUGAUGAAAAAUGUUAUGUAUAUCUAUGGUCUCCUUGAACAUCAUGAUGAGACGAUUGAGUUAAUGAUAAUUUGGUGGUUUUCUUUUUA